AUGGCACCUACCUCUAGCACCCUAGCCGCACUCAAGGCAUGCAAUCAGCUCGAGCGAGAUAUACUUGAGCAAAUGAAAGAGGGAAUGCUUUCGCUGCUAGACGGCCUGAUCGCGGAGGCAGACAAGCGCGACGCAACAAUGGAAGAGCUAGAGGAGGAAUUGGACACGGUUAGGGCCCUUUUCACGUGGAAUCAAACGAGCGCUACCGGUAACGGGAAGGCACGCAUCUUUUCUUCACUCCAUUCUGCACUCCAAAAGGUCGACCGCAUUAUGGAUGACGAGAUCCGCGAGAUCAAGAACGACAUGAUCGAUUCGUACGAUCGCUACCUCGCCGCCACGGAGCAAGCUCGGGCGGAGUACGAUCGAAGCGUCAACGACGGCGAUUCCAGUUACAAGGACGUUCAGCUUUUGCAGGAAUCUCGGAACCUUCUGGAGUCCAAGAGUGGCCAGAGUCAAGAUUUGGUAGUCCGUGUCGAUGAGAUCAAGCGUAAACUCAACGGGCUACUAUCGCGAAGUGCGAUGAUACCACUAAAGUACUGGGCUCAUCAGCGGCGGAACAGAUAAGAGAUCUCGCAACCAGGAGGCUCAAGGCAGGUACUUGAAUGGGAGGAAGGCUAUGGACAGCCGUGGCAAGCGAUUAGAGGACAAUGGAAAGCUGAUCAAAGAUAUACUCAAAGCCCUCGAGCCGUACACUGCAUGAGCUGAGCUCGACUCCCGUACGGUGUUCAGUCAUGCAAACGAUGUAGCAUGCGGCUCACACAAUAUAUGUGUACAUGGUGCAGGC